CGAGUGGACCGUUUAGGUUGCUGCUGGGGCACCCCCGCCCCGCCGGUUUUAAAAGGCAUCCCGCCGCUUUUAAUUUCUAAACACGGCGGGCUACUGCAAUUUGGUUUUUGGGUUUCGUUGCCGGGGAGUUGUGGCUGGCCGGGUUCCCGAGAGGCCGGCACUGACUGCGCUUGAGCGUAGCGGGAGAUGGACGUGUCCGGGAAAGCCCUGCAGGGACAGUGGCUUUCCCAGGGAGUCUCUUCGGCUGCGGCACCGGCUUCUUCCUCUCCUGCUCCCGAAAAUGGCCAGGGACUCUAUGAAUGCCCAAUGUGUCACCUUGUUUGUACUGAAUAUCCAGUUAUACAGGAACACGUUGAAUUGCACUUGGAGGAAUGCAGCUUUUUAGAAAGAAACUUGAGUGAUCUAGAAUUGGCAAAGCAUCUCCAGCAUGAGGAAGACAGGCAGAGAAGAGAAGCAGCAGCAAGACAAGAAAGAGAAGAUUUCCAAAAGCUACAGCAACAAUAUGGCUUGGAUGGUUCUGGAGGAUAUAAGCAGCAGUCUCUGAAGAAUAUGGAAAAAGAAGUGGCUUGGGGAAGAAUGCAGCCUUCUGAAUACCAUAAAAGAAAAGCUGGCAUGAUGGAAUCACUGGCUUUUGGCAUUGAUGAUGGAAAGACAAAGACUUCAGGAAUUACUGAAGCACUCUGCCACUACUAUCAAAAUGAAUGCAAAGACAUAAAGCAUGUGUGGCUUUCUAUGGGAGUGGAUCACUUCCAUUGUUCUUUAGGAGACAAAGGCUGGGGUUGUGGAUACAGGAACUUUCAAAUGCUCCUUUCUUCCCUUAUGAGAAACAGCGCCUAUAAAGAUUGCUUAAAAGAUAAUUCAUCAAUUCCUUGUAUUCCCAAAAUUCAGUCAUUGAUUGAAGAUGCCUGGAGAGAAGGUUUUGAUCCCCAAGGAGCUUCUCACUUCAACAGCAAGUUACAGGGAACUAAGGCAUGGAUAGGAGCAUGUGAAAUCUAUUCACUUUUAACUUCUUUUAGGCUAAAGUGUCAAAUCAUUGACUUUCACCAGUCAACUGGCCCUUCAGGAACACACCCUCGUUUGUUUGAGUGGGUACUGAACUACUAUUCUUCAGAUAAGGAGGGGUGUGCAAAGGUUGUGUGUACCUCCAAACCACCAAUCUACCUUCAGCACCAAGGUCAUAGUCGUACUAUUAUUGGGAUAGAAGAAAGGAAAAACCGAACAUUGUGCCUACUAAUUUUUGAUCCAGGCUGCCCCUCACAAGAAAUGCAAAAGCUCUUAAAAGGCAUUGAUGGGAACAGUCUCAGAUUGCUCCGUAGAUUUGUGGGCAGCUUAAAACAUAAACAGUACCAGCUAGUGUCCACGGAUGAUGUGUUGUCAGAGGAGGAAAAAAUGGCUCGUCGGCAGGCUUCUCAAUGUUUCACAGCUCAGAGGAUUCCCUGAAAGACUGAAUUCUGCAGUAUGCCAAAAAGGAAAGGUUGCAGGAGAGAGUUCUGUUUCAUUAGCACAGCUGUCUGAGCAAUGUACAUAUGUUCUUAAGCAUUUCAAAUAAACAUUGAAAAUUUUUUUAAAAGUC